AUGUUCCAGGACAUCCGGGCCCAGCAAGAGGCUCAGGGCCUAGAACCUUGGGCACCAUUUGCAGAUGAUGAGGAGUGGGGGUUGGUCAAAUGGCUGGUCUCGCGUGUUGGACACAUAGUGAUAGAUGAAUUCCUGAAACUGCCAAUUACUAGCCACAUGAACACAUCAUUUACGAGCAAAUAUUCGCUGCUGAAAGCCAUUGACAAACUCCCUUGUGCGACCAAAUGGAAACUGAAGAAGAUCAGCGUGGUGGGGAAUAGAACUGCCAAUGAUGGGCAGCGGGAGACAGAAGACCUCGAAUUGUGGUUACGCGACCCGGUGGACUGCAUUCGUGAGUUGAUGAGCAAUCCAGAAUUCGAUUGUUGCGUCUCGUACGCACCAGAGAAAGUUUUUGCAGACGAGGAGGGAAAGACACGCGUUUUUGAUGACAUGUGGACCGGGGACUGGUGGUGGGAAAUGCAGCAUAGAUUACCCAAAGGGGCGGUGGUAGCGCCAGUGAUCCUGGCCUCGGAUAAGACCUCCCUAUCGCAGUUCCGUGGCGAUCAGGAGGUAUGGCCCGUGUACUUGACACUGGGCAACAUAUCUAAAGACAUUCGCUGUCAGCCGUCGAAGCACGCAGCCAUCCUAAUCGCGUACUUACCGAUAUCCAAGUUGGAGUGCUUCACUGCGGGUGAGAACGGAGUGGAAGUGACUUGCCCCGACCAUCAAGUGAGGCGGAUGCAUCCCAUUGUAGCUGCAUACAUUGCCGACUUUCCGGAGCAAUGCCUCGUUGCCUGCUGUAUGGAGAACAGGUGCCCAAAAUGCACUGUCGGGCGUGACAACCGCGGAGAUCUGAAAGAGUCAGCGCCACGGAGACGAGAGACGACAAUGACAGACUUACGGCGUCACUCUGAGGGUGAAAUAAGUAGUGAUCAGUUCGAGAGUGAGCUGGGGCUACGUGCAAUUUACUCACCUUUUUGGGCCGCUCUCCCGCACAACGACAUCUUUCUCUGCAUGACACCCGACAUCCUGCACCAGCUGCACAAAGGUGUGUUCAAGGACCAUCUCGUUAGCUGGUGCACGAAAAUAAUUGGCAAGGACGAACUCGACUUACGUUUCAAGACAAUGAGUUCCUACGCAGGAUUACGGCACUUCAAAAAAGGAAUCUCGAAACGCAAGCAAUGGACGGGAGCUGACUACCGAGAAUUGGAGCACGUGUUCCUGUGUGUCAUCGCAGGUGCUGUUGACAACAGAGUUAUAGCGGCUUACCAGUCCCACACCGAAGAAACCCUCUCUCGCAUGCAAGCUGCACUGGUGUCGUUCCACGCCAACAAGAACAUUUUUGUCGAGCACGGUGUGCGGGAGCACUUCAACAUCCCAAAAAUCCAUUCCAUGGUACACUACACCAAUUCUAUCCGUUUAUUUGGGAGUGCCGACGGUUUCAACACCGAGCUCCCAGAACGCCUCCACAUAGAUUUUGCCAAGCGUGCAUAUCGUGCGUCCAAUCGCCGUGACUAUGUUAUUCAAAUGACUACGUGGCUACGCCGUCAAGAAUCUAUCUACCUUCAAGAAUCUAUCUACCUUCAAGAUGCUUAUCUGCAUUGGCGCACCUCACAAAAUUCUGCUAACGAAGAUUCACACUCGCAGGACUUGGACUCCAGUAUCGACUCUGGUUCUGAUCGCGAGACAUGCCCAUUCCCCAAUAGUGAUGUGCCGGCCCGGCUUGGCCUGAAAGCCGCGGCUUUGGCCUGGCCUAGGGCGGCUUUGGCUUUGCAAAACCUCAGGCCGAGCCGUGAGCCAAAGCCAGGCCAAAGCCGCGGCUCGGCUCAGGCCCAUCACGGCUUUUGA